CAGAAUGUUCUAAGCAAUAGAAGGCAAGAUAUAUAAUGGAACCUGCUCAUCUCCGAUGUCGCCCUGGAUUGUACGGUGAUGAUGAAAAUUAUGAGGGCGAAGCCCUUGACCUCAACUUCUUGGCAAUAGCAUGUCAUCCGUUCUUCAAUGUUGCCACUGCGGAGAAUGGUUCUUGCACAUUGUCAGACAUUUUAGAUGAAACUAAAAGCCAUAAGAGGCUGAAGUUGACACUAUUAGCUGAUGAUUCUAGCGAAAGUAGUAGUCUCUAUAGUGGUGGUAACAAUGGGAGUAGUAGUAGCUUGAAUACCUUGCCAAGACUCCAAUUCCGUGACCAUAUAUGGGCUUACACGCAGAGAUACCUAGCAAUUGAGGCCAUGGAGGAAGCAGCCUUAUCCAUGAUGGGAGCCGAGGAGACAGGAGUCAAGGAGGAAGGGAAUGGAGAUGGGAUGAAAUUAGUCCAACAACUCAUUGCUUGCGCAGAGGCUGUGGCUUGCCGUGAUAAAGUGCAUGCUUCAGCUUUACUAUCAGAAUUGAGGGGUAAUGCCCUUGUCUUUGGAACAUCGUUUCAGCGAGUGGCUUCCUGCUUCGUUCAAGGACUUUCUGAUCGCCUUGCUCAAGUUCAACCACUUGGAGCUGUAGGAGUCAUAGGCCCCAUGACGAAAACAAUGGAUAUUACAUCAGAGAUGGAUGAAGCCUUAAGCCUUGUUUAUGAAAUUUGCCCACAAAUCCAAUUCGGUCAUUUCAUAGCGAAUGCGUCGAUAAUGGAAGCCUUUGAGGGAGAGAGUUUAGUUCAUGUUGUGGACUUGGGCAUGACACUAGGCCUGCCCCAUGGCCACCAAUGGCGCAGUUUAAUGGACAGCCUAGCCAACCGUUCAGGCAAUAAUAAACCACCAAACCGCUUUAGAAUAACUUGUGUUGGAAACAACAUUGAACGCCUCCUAGCAAUUGGAGAACAGCUAGAUAGCCAUGCAAAGAGCUUGUAUUUGAAGUUCGAAUUUUUAGUGGUGGAAAAGAGUCUUGAAUCCCUGCAAGCCAAAGACAUCCGCGUGGAAGACGGUGAAGUUCUGGUGAUCAAUAGCAUUCUCCAGCUCCAUUGCGUAGUGAAAGAGAGCCGAGGUGCAUUAAACUCUGUUUUACAAAGAUUACACGAGCUAUCACCAAAAGUGUUCGUUUUAGUUGAGCAAGACUCAAGCCAUAAUGGGCCAUUCUUUCUAGGGAGGUUCAUGGAGGCAUUGCAUUACUAUUCAGCUAUAUUUGACUCACUAGAUGCAAUGUUACCCAAGUAUGACACGAGACGUGCCAAGAUGGAGCAGUUCUUUUUCGCAGAAGAGAUAAAGAACAUAGUGAGCUGUGAAGGGCCAGCCAGGGUGGAGAGGCACGAGAGGGUUGACCAAUGGCGCAGGAGAAUGAGUCGUGCUGGGUUUCAACCGGUGGCAAUCAAGAUGAUAAUGCAGGCCAAGCAGUGGCUGAAGAAGGUCAAGGUUUGUGAAGGCUACACCAUUGUUGAAGAGAAAGGGUGCUUGGUUCUUGGGUGGAAAUCUAAGCCCAUCAUUGCAGCUUCUUGCUGGAAAUGCUCCUAAAACAACUCCCUUAACUUAACAUAAAAUAAUAACACUCACACGUCUGCAAUUACGACAUGCUACUGCAACUGGGUUCAAGAAAAACCAAUUAAAUAAAGAAGAAGUAGUCUAAUGUACAAGUGAGAGUUUCAGAGAGAAUGUACAUUAGACGUUCUUUUGCUUCUCUUUCACUUCUGCAGUUGAAACAAUCUCUAAACUGCCACUGUAAAAUUAAGCAAAUAAAUUUGAGCAAACCAAUGCUUAAUUGUGUAGAAAUCUCAUACAUAAAUGACUUGGUCAAACCUGGGUUUUCCAAAAGCCCUUCAAAUUUCGGUUUAAGCAUUUGGUCAAACUUGUUAUAAUCCAUCUCCGUAAACAUCUUGAUAACCUCGCCGCCACAGAGGAGAAGAUAAUCACGAAAACAAUUUACAGUGAAACGACAUCGUUUCUUGUCAAAAGUUAGCGACUCAUUUGC